AUUUCAUCAAUGAAAUUGUCACAGCUUUCAAAUCAAAGAUCAAAGGUAGACUGGGCUAUAUAAGCCGUUCCAAUAGUGUAAAGUACACAACCAGCUCUUGUUCGAACUAUAUUUUAGCCCGCAUUACCAGAGAUCACAUGUCUGUUUGAUGGAUAAGAUCUUUACUCCUUUUCGAAAGAAAACCUACAGGUAAAAAUAAAAGAAUUGUAACAUUCGUGUUAUUACUAAGUUUUAAUAACCAUUGUAAACGUACAAUUUCACUGAUAACUGGUUUACGCCGACGACAUGUAAAAUCAAAUAUUUAGUAUAAAAUAACAAGCAGAAUUUAAAAACGAUUGGAUACCGAAAAAUAUUUUUAUUUUAUCGAGAAUUGCGAGUCGUAUCAAAUUGUUAUUUAAACAAGCAUUUACAGCAACAUAAAAUGGAUGUACCGUCAUACGAUGAUCUUUUAAAACAAAUAAAAUACAACUUCUGGCUUCUCGGAAUACCUUAUGACGACCCCAAAAUUUAUAUAAGAUACUUCAUCAUGUAUAUAAGUCUUGUACUAAUGGCCACAGAAGAAGUAUUAUUUAUCCUGUCUAAAAUAUCAACCGAAGAUUUGCUUGUGAUAACACAGCUUGCACCGUGCAGUUGCAUAGGAAUUUUAUCACUAUUAAAAAUGGUGUGUCUGACAGUUAAGAGGAAAAAAAUAUUUAGUCUCACGCAAAGUUUAAAGGUUUUAUACGUGAAUAUAAUAAACGAUAAAGAAAAGAAGGAUGUAAUAAGUGGUAACAUGAAGGUUGUAUCGACUUUGAGUAAAUAUUUCUUUGUAUUAAAUGUUGUGUUGGUAUCGGUAUAUAACUUUUCCACGCCGAUUUUUAUUUUGUAUGACUAUAUCACGACACAAAAGGUAAAUUAUAAAUUACCAUAUCAAGUUAUAGUUCCAUUCAGAACAGAUACAUGGGCAACGUGGUUGGUGAUAUAUAUUCACUCUGUUUUAUGUGGUUUUAUCUGCGUUUUAUAUUUUACCACUGUCGAUGUCUUGUAUUGCAUCCUAUCUUCACAAAUUUGCAAUAAUUUUACUAUCCUUUCCAAGGAAUUGUUGAAAAUCAACAAAAACAACGUGACAAAUGUCAAAAAUAUUAUUAUGCAACAUCAGCACAUUAUACGGCUUUCCGAAGAACUGGAAGACAUUUUCAACUUACCAAAUCUCUUCAACGUUUUAGUGGGGUCCGUUGAAAUUUGCGCCCUUGGUUUUAAUUUGACUAUGGGGAGUUUAACUCAAAUUCCAGGAUGUGUGUUAUUUUUGUCAUCCGUAUUACUUCAAAUAUUAAUGAUGAGUGUUUUCGGCGAAAAUCUUAUACGAGAGAGUCAAAAUAUUGGUGACGCUGCUUUUUCCUGUGAAUGGUACAAAUUUGAUGCAAAGACUAGAAAAUUUAUUUUAAUCAUAAUAACCAGAGCUCACAAACCGCAAAAGUUGACAGCUUAUAAAUUUUCUACGAUUUCUUAUGGCAGCUUCUCUAAGAUAAUCAGCACUUCGUGGUCAUAUUUUACGAUACUGAAAACUGUCUACAAACCAUCUGAAUCGAAUGCAAUAUAAAUUUGCGCUUACUUAUGCAAUUAUCGCGUGAACUUUGCUUUUAAUAUGUAUAUUUAAUAAAAAGUAUGUAUUUCAAAUUUAUUUAUUGUUAUGUAUAAAACACUUACGGCAUGUAGGUUGGUAACUACGUACCUAAAACUGUAGU